AUGAAUAAAAUUGGCGUACUUGAAUUGAGCGUCUUUAAGGAUAACAUGAUAAGUCGCAGACUGGAGGCUGCUAACAUGGAACAUCAAAACGCGACAUCUAAUGAGCGACCUGGGACAUGCGACAAAACGCUACGCUCCCCGAAUACCCGCUUCGUGUCUACAUCUGAUAAAAUUGGCGAGUUUAUAUACAAAGACAUAAAUACAAAGGCGAAGAAUGUAGUGACUCUUAAGAAAGAGUUAUCGGAUUCGUUUAAGGGCGGAUCCACGUGCCCCUUCUCCUGGAUCCGCCAUUGGGUCUUCGCCCCGUAA